AUGUCGGCCGCUGCGACACACGUUCUCCACCCGUGGCCCCUCCCAGGCGAUGACCCCCAAGAUGUCGAGGCGGCCUUCUGUCUCCUGGCAGACACCCCCCCCUCACCCAGCGCCACGCUGCCCCACGUCCUGGAGUCCCACCACUACAGCAAGAACGUCCACGCCUACUGCAUCCCCCUGCGCGCCGAUCACGACGCAUCCAGCAGCCUGGAAGCGGUGCGGGUCGAGGAGGCGGCCCGCCAGUGCAGCCUGCUGCUCCUGUGCCUGCGCUGCCAGGGCCUGGUGUGGGUUGCCCGGGGCUCCUCCUGGGUCGUGCGCCUGCUGAGCACGCUGCGCGUGCUCCAGGGCGCCAAGCUCGCGCUGGCGCCCAGCCUCCCCGAGCUGGUCCCAGGCGCGACGCGCCCGGCCCUACUCGUGCUCCUGCAGCAGCAGGGAGCAGCAGCACGUGACACGCGCCGCGCCGCGCCCUCCGACGCCGACUCCUCGGCGCUGGGGAGCGCGCUGCGGGUCUGCGGGACUCUGCGCUGCGCCGAGGCCGCCAGGUCGCUCCUGCGCCUCGGAUCAUGCACUCCCGCCGGCGCCAGGGCGCCAGGCGCAGCUCCAGCCCUGGUCCUCACGGUGCCUGCCCUGCACGUGCCUGCCCUGGAAAGGGCGGCAAUGGCAUUGGACCGCAAAGACAGGGAAGAAGACCCCCGGGCGCUGGCCGACGACGUCCUGCGCCACGUUGUGGCGGCCUGUGCCGAGGGCCUCGGGUCGGACUCCCAGGAACCCGGGCCAGCAACACACGACGGCCUGUCGGCGCUGCUGGAGGCCCUGCUGGACGCCCAGCCGCCGGAGGGGCGCGGCCCGAAGCCCGUGGUCCAGGCGGCGCAGUGGCUGGCGGCGUGCCACUAUCCCGCCGCCCAGUUCUCCGCUGCACACUGCGGCCGGGCGGCCCGACGCGCCCUGGAGCUCUUCCUGCGCGAGAUGGGCGAGGGGCUCGUGGAUGAGGCCGCCUUCUCUGCAGCUUCCAUGGCGGGACUGAGGGCGUACGAUGCCGCGGCCAGGGGCCCCUGCAGGCCGCGCCUGCGUGCCGAGCUUGCGGCCGAGUUCGAAGCCACGUGGAACCGGGACCGGCGGCGGUGCGGGGCGGUGAGCCUGACCGGGGCUCGGUGCCAGCUGCCGAUGCAGCCAGAGGGCCACGGGCACGCUGCCCCGCAACUCAAGCUCUCCACGCUGGAUGGCAUGCGCCAGCUGGCCCUGCCCGCGCCCUUCUCCGGCCGGGAAGUGGAGGAGGUGGCACGCAGGCUCAGGCGGGAGUGCACGCUGCAGCCGGUGCACCUCUUUGCGCUGACGCAGGACGACGGGGCUGCCUCGGGCCUGCCACACUGCAAGCUGGUGGUGCAGUCCCCGGUCCCUGCGCCCGCCGAGGAGUUCCCCGCUCUGGGGCAAGCUGCGGUGGCCCCACCCCCGCCCGAACCAGAGGUGCUGGACUGGCCGGGACCCAGCGGAGUGCCACCCAGCGAGGCUGGUGACCUGCUGCGCGCGCCCACGCCGGCGCCCAUCCCGGGGUGGCGUUUCCGCCGCAGCGAGGGCAGACUGACCUACGGACUGAUCUACGAGGCCCCCCACUCCGGGGACCGGGCGGGCGAGGCCACCGGUCUGGGGCCCGCCAUCCUGCUCGGCAGCGCCUGCCCACUCUUCCUCCUGCUGGCAGGGGAGGGGCCGGACGCCGAGUGGUACCAGCUGCGCCGGCUGGUGGUCAACUCCAGCGAGGCUCGCCUGCUGGAACUACGCGCGCGGCCCCAGCUGCUGUGGGAGAUGGAGGGAGGCCGGGAGGGCAGCGUCCUUGCCUGA